CUUAUAGUUUGUUGCUUCAAAUAAAUUGCUGUGACUGUGUGUGUUUCAUCGACUCACAUUGCUGGAAUUUUCGAUUCUUUGGUUUUCAGCCGUCUCUGAAAUCUUUCUGCAUAGUGGAAUACAUGGAAGGGUGAGCUUGAGAAUCCAAGGAUAAUCCAGAUGGUCAGAGGCGACGAGACCGAUUCGAGAGAUCCGGCGGGAGUAUGACCUCGACGACCGGACCUUCCCCUCCUCCCUUUGCCUCCGUCACCUCAGCAGUGAUUUCUUCAUCGGUAACGCACUACACCGCAGCAUCCAUGGUCAGCAGCAACUCAGUCAGUGGCGGUGUUGACGAUGAAGAACCGUGCAUCAAUGGCGGUAGUCCACCUUCCGUCAUUCCUCCGGACUUGCCGAUCCAGCAAAGAGUUUUGGCCCAUGCACCCUCAACAGCCCUCAUGUCGAUGCGAUCACCUCUUUGCGAAAUGGACGAUGAUGACGAUGAUGAUGGUCGGAAAGACAUGAUGAAAGGGGAUAGAUCUCCUGGCGAUGACUGUCAGUCAUCGUUGCCGAGUCAGUCCCGCAAUAAGCGAAAGAAUUUCAAGCCAAGAAAUAUUGUGUACCAUUACUCAGACUGCGAGUAUGAUGAAGAUAAUACUGAUGAAGAGGGUUUCAAUGAUCAGACUGAAUUUUACAGAUCCAGCCCAAACCGUCGUUCUCCUUCCUCCCCUACCCCAGCGAGGAGUUCUGAAAACGACAGAGGGAAUGGUGGUGAACAACCUUUGGAUUUGAGUAGUGACAGUGGACCAACUCGCUGGAAAAUAAACCUGAAGCAGAGAGAGGACAGUCCUUCUUCUCUUCAUAAUAGUGCGCGAAGUCCAGCUAACCUUUCUCGCUUCGAUUAUUGUGAAGAUGAUGAUGAUGGAGAUUACUCUCCAAUGGAAGAAGAUCGUGGCAGGACCCCGGUAAUGGACUUGUCAAGAAGUAGCGCUCGUGAUGGUACUGUUUCUGGGUCUAGUCCCAGUCAUUCCAGCACAGGACGUGCUGUUGAAUCUCCAAGUAGUCCACGUCUUCCGUGCCAUCAGAACUUUCCACCUACAAAACGAAUAGCUUACGAGCCCCACAUGACACCAACUGCUGAUGGAGCGGCCAUGAAGGAUUACGCCGAGAAUACCAUGAAGGAAUUAUUGGGCAUGUAUGGCUUAAACGACGGUCCAGAAGCAAUGACAAGUCACGUACCCAUUCAUAAUUAUUCUUCAGGUAAAAUUUUAGAUUCCAUGGCGCCUCAACAAUUAUCCUGCUUGGCAGCUUUAGGUGGCUAUCCAACAACAAGCAACACUUUACAACUCAUACAACAACAGGCAGCACAUGUGGAAGCCAUUCAUCAAGCCCGACUAGCUCAUCAGUUUUCUAAAGAACCUUCUAAUCAUUUUGUAGAAAAUCCUUGGCCUCCCACAUCUGAACAAAAUAAUAUUUCAGCUGUAUCUCAUCAAAUACAAAGCUCCAAUGUAAAUAUGUUUGAAUCCCUUCGGGCCAAAAUGUUGAAUAAUGUUCCCAGAUUGACAUCCAUGCCUUCAAAUAGUGUUAUCCCUAACCCACAGGUGAUGUUGCCUCAAAAUGUAGCUACUAUAUUUACCAUUGCUGCUCUUGGCUCAAAAUUUCCUUCUCAACAGCUUACUUCGGAUCAUAUGCCGGCACUUCCGAGUAGUUCAAUGUCUUCAGAUUCAACACAUUUCUCAACAUCUGGUAUAGGAUCCGUAACAUCCACUCCAUCUCCUGUUGUGUCUUCAUCUCAUCAUAAUAGUUCUAUAUCAACAUCAUACAAAGUUGAACAGCAACAAAAGCUAGGUCCUAUUGAUUACACACGAUAUGUAAAAAGGUUUUCUAGUGCUACAGAAUGUGGAAGUAAUUAUUGUAAAGACCUGAAUUACCGAGAACAUUUUCACUGUCUGGACUGUAAUUCUCGAGUAUUUGUAAAGAAGGAAGAAAUGAUCAGACACUUUAAGUGGCACAAAAAAAGAGAUGACUCUUUACAGCAUGGCUUCAUGCGGUAUAGUCCAAUGGAUGAUUGCUCGGACAGAUUUAGAAGCUGUACCCAUAAUGGAAAGCAAACUCAUUAUCAUUGCUUAAAAGAAAGUUGUGACAAAGUUUAUAUAAGUACAUCAGAUGUUCAGAUGCAUGCAAAUUAUCACAGAAAAGAUACAGCUAUCAUUCAAGAAGGUUUCAGGCGCUUCCGUGCCACAGAAAACUGUGCCACUGUAUCGUGUUUAUUCUUUGGCCAAAGAACUACUCAUUUUCAUUGUAGGAGAUCAGGAUGCAGCUUCACAUUCAAAAAUAAAGCAGAUAUGGAGAAACAUAAAACUUAUCAUAUCAAAGAUGAGCAGCUUAAUAAAGAUGGUUUUAAGAAAUUCAUGAAGCAUGAGCACUGUACUUUUGAAAACUGCCGUUUUUCUCGUGUCUGCAAUCAUAUCCAUUGCAUACGACCAGGUUGCACAUAUGUUCUGCACUCUAGUGGACAACUUUAUUCUCAUAAAAGAAAACAUGAAAGGAAAGAUACAGAACUUGCCUACAGAAAAUUUAAAUUAGCCCAAAGCAUGAUGAAAACAUUAUCAGAGACUGGUAGCAUCCCACAGUCAUUUUUCCCGGAGCCGCCUUCAUCUGGGGAAUCAUCUUCAAGUCCAGCACCUGGUUCAAUGCCCAUGACCUCAAUAUCAUCAUCCGGUCAGAUAAAUUGUUUCAAUUCAGAUGAUGGAUCUUCAUCGAACUGUUACUCCAUUAAGACAGAAAAAAAGGAUUGUAUAUACAGUAUGGCAGACAUGAAUAAUUUACCAACCCAUAACUAUAGCUCUCCAAAUGAAAAUCUUAAUGCAUCUGUUAUAAAUAAUGAAAAUAUUAGUGUUGCUGAAGAUAGUCUUGCUAUAGAUCUUAGUGUUGAACACCUUAAAGAUUCUGAUGAUCUGUGGAAAGUUUAUUUAACGUGGUAUAGUGCAAAUGAUGCUUGUGAGCAACAGUGUGAAUUUUUGCAUAAGGAUCAUUAUCACUGCUCAACAGAUAACUGCAGCAUGACAUUCAGAGCAAAAGAUAUUAUAGGUGUUAGAGAACAUGCUUGCAAUCAUGAAUACCAGGAACAAGUUACCAAAUCAUUCUACACAGUAGUUGAAAUUGAUCAAAAUGGUGCUUGUCCACCUGGCUGUCACUUUAAAGCCAAAGAAAAACACUACCAUUGCAAAUGGGAAAACUGUCAGGAAGUCAUCAGUAGUGAUGACAAUCCUUUUAGAAGGCUUGAUCAUUAUAAAAUUCACAAAUACUCCCGUAAACUGAGUGCUCCUAAAGAACAUGUACCAAGUUCAAGUGGAGUAGCUUCUGCCAUGGACAGUAUGUUUAGGAGGAAAAGAGGUCGACCUCCAAAAAAUCGUCUAAUAGAGUUUCCUAUGGGCUCUUCUCAGCUACCUCAAGCAAUAUAUACAAGUUUCAAGCUUCCUAAACCAACUGAAAUCUCCCAUCAUAAUUUUCCUGCAUCAUUUGGUCCCUUUACAUCUGCUUACAAUGCAAUGUCAUCACUCUUACCACCUCCACCGGUUACCAUGAUAUCUUCUUCACCUACACUACCCCAACUUAUUCCUGUCACAAGUUUGGGACAAUGCAUUUUUCCAGCACCAAAUAUGUUAGAUAUUCCUGCCCCUCCACACUUAGAAAAACAGGAAACUAAUUCAACUUUAUCGCCCCCAGCACAUCAAGAUGAUCCUGAAGAAGAAAAAUCUGAGGUUAAAGAAGGCUUUUAUAUAUUUCAUGAAAAUUCACCAUGCCCUGAUAAAUUAUGUACAUUUUAUGGUCAACAUCAUUUUCAUUGUAUGCAGCCUAGGUGUUAUUAUAUUACUGAUAGGGAUGACAUUCUAUUACUUCAUUCUAAAGAUUUCCAUGAUAAUAUUGAUAUAAUGGAUGGAUUUGUUUUCUUUGAUCGAAGUGUUGAUUGUCGACUGCAAGGUUGUCACAGUAAUAAAAUCAAUCGACAUUUCCAUUGCAUUCGUAAUAAUUGCAAUUACUCAUUUGUGCGUUAUAGCACAAUGACCCUCCACGAACAAAAGCAUAAGGAGCAAGAAAGUAGUAACAAUAGUACUCCUCCUUCACCGAAGAAAAAACUUUUCACACCCAUUAAAGAAGAAGUGCAAGACCCGUUUAUGUUUGAAGGAUGCCCGUCUGUCAUCAAAUCAGUUUCUUCUGAAACAUCUCCUGUGCAAAAAGCAACUGUCGUUAAGGCUACCGGCACUUUUUACCCACUCUCUGCAUUUUCUACAAAUCAAAAUUCAUCCCAUUCUACUUCAAAUGCUUUAAAUUCACUUUCUGGGCAUCAGCACUAUUCCAAGCAGUGUGAGGAAAAAAAUAGCAAUGAUGUGAAUACUAUUAAAACUGAAAGUUCAUAUUAUCAGAACUCCGAAACUGUUGAACAACCUUUAAGUAAACUUCUUCUUCAACCUGGGCCGAAUUAUCGAAAUAGCUUUCAAGGUUCUGAGAAACAUAUUUUGUAUAGCCCACAACAGAGCUGUGGGAGACCAUUUUGCAAAUUAAAGAAGCGGGAUCACUUUCACUGUAACGUCUGCAAUCAAGCCUUCUCUGGUUUUUCUCAUCUUCAACCUCAUGUCAUCAAACAUCCUGGCGCGCCAGAUCCAAUUCCAGUUUAUCCUCCUGGUUACAUUAAAAUGUCCAAUUCUUCGCCAAGUCCUGAUGAAGAUGAAAUGGACAUAGAUGAUAGUGAUAGUGAAGACCAUUCUCCAGUCAAUGGUCCUCCACAUACUGGAUCAGAUGAACCCAAGAGUUCUCCAAAUGAACAACAGGUUUCUUCUUCUCAUCAGCUAUUUAGCUGGCACUCUGUGUCUUCAAGCAGUUCUUCAUUUCAACCUUCAAUGAAGUGCAGUAUUGGUGUUAGCAGUACAAACCAAAUUCCUUCCAGCAGUGAUGGCUUUUAUGGUUCUGGACAGUUUGAUUAUGGAAAUGUAGUGGAUGGAAUUGACAAUGGAAAUAAACCUGUUGAUAUGAAAAGGCAGUUUCCUUUAAAACUAGAAGAAAAUAGUGAAGUAAAAAAAAUGAAAAUGGCUGCCUUAAGAAUCUUAAAAGAUGAACCUGUACCUGAAGGAUAUUCUAGAUGUCGCUUUAAUGAAGAUUGUGGGUAUACACACUGUGGUUAUCGUGAACACCAAACUCAUUUUCACUGUAUGAGGAAAGAUUGUGGUUAUAGCUUUUGUGACAAAACAAGGUUUGUUCAACAUACUGCUCGACAUGAACGACUUGACACAUUAAUGGGUGGUGAUUUUCAACAGUAUCGUGCUAAUGUGAAUUGUGGCAGACCUGAGUGUAUGUAUGCUAAUACUUUAGGUGCUAUGGCAAACAAAUCAUCUCAUUUUCAUUGCCUAAAGUGUGACUUUGUGUGUACAGAUACAAAUAAAGUAGUUGCGCAUCGGAGACAGCAUGCGAAAAUGGACAGUAUUUAUGCAGCAGGAUUUGAAAAGUACACUCCAUCACAAAGCUGUAAUAUAAGUAAUUGUAAUCAUAAUCAAAAACAGACUCAUUAUCAUUGUCUUAAAUGUCAACAUGCAGUUUUAGGCCUUUCUCAAAUGUCUUCCCACAAAUAUCGCCAUAUGGAUUAAAAAAUGGUGCUCUUAUACACAAUAACUGUGCCAACUUUUGAAAACAUUGGUAUAUGUUGGCAUUAAUACAAUCAAAAUUGUCUUAGUGUUUUUUUUCUUUUACACAAAAUAUUUAUUGUUUUGUCUCUUUUUGUCUUAGUGAUAGUUUAUGAUGAUGUCAAACAUCAAUGUGAUAAUCUAGCCGGUGCAGAGCACUUUAAUCAUGUGCCUUCUGAAAUGUUUGAAACCUACAAGCCAUGUGAAAAAAAGAAAAAAAGUUGGGAAAAAAAGAUAAUUUCUUAUAUUGUAUUAAAAAAUAAGGAUACAGAAAGAUAAUUAUAUUUUCGAAAAGCAACACUUGUCCAGAAAAUAGAAAGUUUCGAUUUUUUGUUAAAAAUUGCAAUGGCUUGCUCAUUCACAGUUGGGGACUAUUGUGACUUUACAUUGAAAAUAUGUUUAUAAGCGUUAUAUGUGUUAAAUGAAGGAAUGGGAUAUGAAUAUAAUUAAGGGUCCAAUAAUGAAAGAUCCUAAUGUCUAUACUCUAGCAUUCCUUCUGGAACAAGUAGUGUGGUGCAAUAUUUCAAUAUAGUGCCAAAUGUUUUCCUCUUUUUUUUUCUUUUCUUUUUUUUUUUAUAAAUUAUGUAUCAACAGCUAUUAGUUUUUAGUGAUAUUAUGUGUUAAAUUUAUGUAACUAUUCUCCGCAAUUAAUUUUCACUCAUAAUCUGUAUGUUGAAAUUUUCCAUUUGUGAUACAGUCAAAUUCUUAUGUAUGAAUGUGUUAAAAGCUCUAAAACGAAUAUGAAAAACAAUCUCCACUCUAUAGAUUUCCUACUAUACAAAAGAAAAAGAAAUCAUUUUUAUUGAAAUGUUGUAUUCUUACCCAUAUUUUUUCUUACAACCCAUUUUCUUUCUAAAUGAAAGUAUUAUGAAUCGUAAAAUUUUGCUAAUAUUGUAUAAUGUUUGCUAAAAUUCAUGUAUUUUUGUUUUUGUAGUUCUUAAUGUAAAACUUAUGUGUAAAGAUUUUUUUCCGCCUCGAAUUUAUAACGUACCAGGUCAAAUACAGCAUUCUGUUUUAAAAUCAUGAGAAGUUUAAAACAAAAAAGUCAAUAUUUUUUUAAUAAUUAUUUUAAAUACUUCUUUAGAAGCUAUGAAGUUCUUUGUAUUUCUUUUUUUAUGAUCCUUCUUAAAUGUCCUAGCUGUCUAGAUUUUUACUUAUGCAACUCCUGUGUGAGGAAAUUAAUUGAACUAGUGCUGUGUUCAGUUAAAAUUUUGAGUUUCAAGUUAUGUUAAAAUUGCAGUGAAAUCCCAUUACAACGAACUUCAAUGGAUCAUAAAUUUUAUUCGUUGUUUCAGGAAUUUUGUUGUAGUGGAAUCCAAGCAAUGUAAUUGGCAGUUAAAUUAGGACUGAAAAUUUAUUUUGUUGAAAUGGAUUAUUCACUGUAUUGGUAUUCGUUGUAACAAGAUUUCACUGUAAAUGUUUUGCAUUUUCUAAAAAGUGUCAGUGUUGAGAUAAAUAAAAAUACUUUUCAGUAAACAGUAUUGAUUCAUACCUUUUUAGGUGCAUGUUGGAUGCUUUCAUUGUUUUGCAGCAAAUUUUAGUAGAAUUUUUAUUUUUGUUUUCUGCCAAAUUGUGAUAUUUUUAGAACCAUAUUUUAAUUUUUUGAACUCCAUUUCUUGAUUUUUACAUUGAUCUCUUCCGUGAUUAAAAUUUAUAAUAGAGGUAAAAUUUAUGAAAAGCCUAUAUUUCUUCUAUGAUGCUUGGUUUAAGUGAAAUCAAGCUUUGCAUAUAAAAUCAAUUUUGUAAAUUGCUUUUAACUUAGAACUUCGUUCAUGUUAUAAAAUUUCUUUAUUAAAGUCAUGAAUAUUUUCUCCCUUAAACGAGUUUUUUUUUUAAACUACUUUUUGUUUGGACUAGCUUCCUAUUCGAUCUUCUUUUCCAUUUAUUGUUAGUUACGUAAGCGUUGCCUGUUAGUGUUAGGCAUUUAUAUUUGUGUGAGAUUUUUGUUGAAAAUAUUCUUAUAUUUAUUAUGAUUGUGUCUGUAAGCUGUUUCAUUUUAAGUUCUUUUAGUAUAAAAGUUUGUAUUAUAGUCUUAGGUUAUAAAACAUUUUUUUUUAUUUUACUGUACAACAUGUUUAGGCAUGCCAUAUUUAUAGGAACAUUGUUAGUUGUCAGUUCCGUCUUCCAGUUUGUGUAUCAACAGACGAUGAGCAACGUUAGACCAUUGUUGUAUGCAAUGUAAUUUUGCAAAACAUGGUAAAAAUAUGUACAGUAUGACAAUUUUUAAUGUAAAGACAUUAUGUUGUAAUGACCUUUCUUUUUGAAAUGCCUAAAGUAAUAUUGAAGAAUAUUCGCCAUACAUGAAGUAAUUGUCUAAAUAUUAAUGUUGAUCUUACAGCUUACAUAUAUUUUCAAAACAGUUUUUUUCCCUUCACAUAAAUUAUUUCAUAAGUAGUUCUAUACAUACCAGCUUUUUUUUUAUAAAUAUUUAAGAAUUUCUGUAUCAAUUAUUGCUUGGUGUAUUCUGGAAAUAUUUAUGGCACUGGUUGUCAAAUGUACUGAUGAAAUAAUGUUGCAGUGACCUAUUUUUGUAUAUACAAUAGUUUUAGUGGAGAAAGAUUUAGUGCCUUUGAUCCACUGCUGACCCACAUUUGAUGUUGUCAUACUUUUGUUGUAUACUCUUGUAUGUCCUCCAAGAUUGAACAUGAAUGAUGUAAAAUAAAGUAAUCUUCAAAUGUAGAUGUCUUUUGCUAAAUUGCUCAUUUUUUAAAAACUGUUCAUCAUAUUUAACUUUUAAAAUUGAUGUAAUUGACUUUUUAAAAAUUGUUUGAAUGAAUUCUGAGAGAAAAUUGCUUUAAUUUUAGCACAUUAGUGAUCAA